AUCACCCUCACAGUCAUAGACUCAGCCUCCUUCCUCGUUUUAACUCUUUUUUUUUUUUUUUUUCUGUGUGUGAAAAUGGCUCACAAAUUUGCACCGGCUGAAAUUAACAUAGUACCCGGUGCAAGUUAUUUCGGCCGGUAUGCAACUUUUCGACCGGCACCGCUGUGAAAUUAACUGGUACAGUAUAAUGCCCUAUAAUGUGCCGGUUUUAUGACAAAUCAGUUUGCACACUAUGGAAAACACUAUGGGACUUGUGCUGGUAACUGUGUUAAUUCCGCUCAACAGCUUUAUAUCGUUAAUUGAAGGUGACAAAUACGAUAUUUACGAUGACUACGAGGAAGAUUCCGAUCGCAUAGUUAUUGGAGUAACAGGUGGACUUAUUUUGGCAAGAACUUUGUUGGGGCUAUCCAUCUUCAUUGCAGUUAUUGUGUAUAAGUUUCGUAGGAGACAUUUGGCUGCAGAUGAUACAAUUGAAGAGUUCCUUCAAAAGCAGAAUAACUUCAUGCCUAUUAAGUACUCCUAUUCUGAAAUAAAGAAAAUGACUAGAGGUUUCAAGGAUAAAUUGGGUGAAGGAGGUUAUGGUUUGGUUUUCAAAGGGAAGCUUCGAAGUGGCAAUUUAGUGGCAGUAAAAUUAUUGAGCAAAUCAAAAGCUAAUGGCCAAGAUUUCAUCAAUGAAGUUGCUACCAUUGGAAGGGUUCAUCAUGUCAAUGUGGUGCGACUGAUCGGAUUUUGCGUGGAGGGAUCUAAACGAGCUCUUGUAUAUGAUUUCAUGCCAAAUGGAUCCUUGGAUAAAAUCAUAUUUUCUGGUGAAAACAACACAUCUUUAACCUAUCAAAGAAUGUUUGAAAUUGCUCUUGGAGUGGCUAGGGGGAUUGAGUACUUACAUCGAGGAUGCAUCAUUUCCUGAAUUUGGCUUCAAGUCUUCUUGGUCUCAGGAAAAAAAAAAUUUCAAGAUCACUUAUUUUCUUUUCAAUUUUAUCUCUAAUUGUAAGUAAGCAACUGUGAUUUAUAUGGAGGAUUGUAACGUGUGGAUAUGUCCUUCCUUACUCCUAACCAUACCCCCAAACCUUGAUUUCUCGUAGACUAGUGGUGAGUUACUCCACCAUUAUUUGGGGAUUUUGGCACUUGUCAGAGCUCCAUCUGCAUGGCCAAAGGGAUUUGGUGGCAUUGUCAAACUGUUUGCUUCUCCUUCCAACCUAUGAACCAUGGAUUUCAUUGAUGGUCAGUCUGUUGGGUAGCACUGGAUGCACCAAAGUCCAACAAUUGUCUAACUGCUUCUGAUAUUUACCAUAAGCUGCUAGAGGGUUUUGAACUGGAUAGGGAUUGGUUCUCCUUGAAUAAU